AGGUGAUGUGCUUAUUUUGACCGGCAAUAACCUCAAUGACCCUUUCAAACUGCAAAUCGGCCGGGUUCCGGCCAACAUAAUGGCCAGUAAUUCUACGAAUGUAAUAGCGAAAUUACCGCCUCAAGGUCCAGGAAUCCACGACAUUCAACUCACCAUUGGAAAUGGUUUCGCUGCCAUAAGUUCUCCAAUCAAAGCCAUUGACCAAACGCUGUAUGUCAGUAACGUAAGUCCAAGAAAGGGUUCGAUGUUCGGAGGGACCCGUCUUACAAUUACUGGCAAUGGUUUCCUAGUGGAUAAAGGUCUCAUCCACAUAAAAGUUGGGGAGGACACGGCGUGUGAAGUGGAGGAUUAUUCCAACACCUGGAUCAGGAUGUACUUUACAAUAUACUGGCAAAACCCACAAAGUUACAAACCAAGGGAUUCAUUCAAAAUUCGGCGCCGGGUACAAGUGGGAGCCGACUAAAUUGGAUGUGAUCGUCGGUGAUGAGGUGAAAUGGGGUUGGUCAGUGCAACAAUGGCUGAAGAGAACCAAAUUCCAAAUACAACAAACGUCAGAACAAUUCCGAGACGAACCGAUGCCCGGAGGAUUCUUCAGUGGAAACAAAACGGCAAACGGUGGUUUUACCCAUCAUUUUACCAAGCCGGGUACCUAUUUUUACUGGGGUGGCCCGCGUGAUGACGUCACAAUUGUGGAAAUGCGGGGAGAGGUCAACGUGAAACCCAGGAAACAAUCGAUGGAGAAAAUCACAGUCGUAGUCUCUGGUUUUGAGGCAGAAUAUCGGGUUAAUAGUACAGACACUCCAGCUUCCCCAGGAAAUGACAGCUGCAAAGCAAGUGAUUCGGUUAUUGGCAGUUGUAACGAAAUCCCUCUCACCUCGAAGCCGGACAACUUCUAUUUCCACUUCUCUGAAUGCAGUACCCCAGUGGUGAAAUCAAUGACCCCUAGUGAAGGGACCAGUAUGGAUAAGAUAACAAUCAAAGGUAACCGUUUGUCAAAGGUCAGCUGCGAAAACAUUGUGAAGUUCGGACAAUACAUAUGCCCCACGAUUGAAGAGAGUGACACGAAGAUUGCUUGUAAGAUUGAAACGAAAAAGACUUUCCCGAUUGGAAUACUUGUACCACUUACUUUAAAAAUCGCCAACAGAGGUUACGCCCUGUUGGACUUGCCCGAUGACAGACAACGAAACUUCGGCCUCCUACCGCACAUCCACAGCAUCAGUCCUAACAAAGGAUCGACAUUCGGGGGAACGGGAAUCACUAUCGCAGGUGCUGGGUUCGUCCACGAAAAGAGUACAGUCGAAGUGACCAUCGGCUAUGGACGCUGUGACGUAAAGAGUGUCAGCUACGACUAUGUCUUGUGUGUCACCCCAAGGGGGACUGCAGGACAGUCGCCUCCACCACGUCUUCAACUUCUGGUUGUUAACGGCAACAGGAAGGUGCCGGCCGUUUGUAAAAUUAGCAAGAACUGUACGUUCACCUACGAUGACAGCUUGACUCCGGUUGUUACCUCGGCGUCCCCGAUCAACAUAACCGGAAGUGGGGUUGAGUUAACCAUCAACGGCAACAAAUUCGGCAGCGAGCCCUGGAAAAUACAAGUGAAAACGGCCGGUGUUUUGUGUAAGGUGACUACAGUGAAAAACAAUGAGAUAAAAUGUUCGACAGGGAAUAUUCCAGCGGGAAACUUUCCUCUGCAUGUCUAUAAGGAAGGUAUCGGAAAUUCGGACACAAACAACAUCAAUUUACACAGCCAUCCCCAUUUAAAAGAUAUCAAUCCGAGUUCUGGAAGUUUUCAGGGAGGAACUUAUAUAACCAUAAAAGGUAACGGGUUUGUGGAGAAUGAUACCACAGUUACCAUUAACAAUAAGAACUGUGUUAUCAUCUCGGUUAGCGCUACCGUGAUUAUGUGUGAAACUCCGGCCAAUUCACUGGGAAUCAAAUUACUUCGGGUCGUAUCAAAUGGACAGACAUACCCGACUGGUAGCUUCAUCUACGACAACGCAAACACGCCAAAUAUCAUAUCUAUUUCCCCAAGCAACGGCCAGGCGGGAGACACGUUGACACUUGUGGGUGUCGGUUUCAGUUCUUCAAACGACCAGAACGAUGUGAGGGUGGGUGACAGCAAAUGUACCGUAUUUUCAGCCACAUCCAACUCACUAAGAUGCACCCUCGCUCACCAGAAGACAGGAGCCUACCCGGUUAAAGUGAGGGUAGACGGCAAAGGUUUUUCGACUGGCCAAAACCUGUUUGACUACGAUCUCCUUCUCAAAGAUUUCUUGCCUUCUUCAG